AUGGCAGUUGUGGAUUUGAACUUGACAACCAUCAUUGACAGUGAUUUGAUGGAAAGUGACCAAUCAACCAGAGUUCUCACCGGUUGCUUUCUUUCCAUCCUGAUUCUGUCCACCUUACUGGGGAACACAAUGGUUUGUGCAGCUGUCACAAAGUUCCGCCACCUGCGCUCGAAAGUCACCAACUUUUUUGUCAUCUCUCUGGCGGUGUCAGACCUGCUAGUGGCCAUUCUGGUCAUGCCCUGGAAGGCUGUUACAGAGGUAGCUGGCUUCUGGCCUUUUGGUUCAUUCUGUGACAUUUGGGUGGCUUUUGAUAUCAUGUGCUCUACAGCUUCCAUCCUGAACCUCUGCGUUAUCAGUGUGGACCGAUACUGGGCCAUAUCCAGCCCAUUUCGCUAUGAGAGGAAGAUGACUCCCAGGGUUGCCUUUGUGAUGAUCAGCAUGGCUUGGACACUGUCUGUGCUCAUCUCCUUCAUCCCAGUGCAGCUGAAAUGGCACAAGGCUCAGCCAGUGAGUUUCCCCGAUGUCAACACUUCACAUGGCGCACUGCUGAUGGAUAACUGUGACUCUAGCCUUAACAGAACAUAUGCUAUAUCCUCCUCUCUCAUCAGCUUCUACAUUCCCGUUGCCAUCAUGAUUGUGACGUACACACAGAUUUACAGAAUCGCCCACAAACAGAUUAGAAGGAUCUCAGCACUGGAAAGGGCAGCAGAGAGUGCGAAGAUCCGGCAUGACAGCAUGGGCAGCAGCUCUAAUGUGGAUUCUGAGAGCUUGUUCAGACUGUCGUUCAAAAGGGAAACAAAAGUGCUAAAAACUCUGUCUGUUAUAAUGGGGGUAUUUGUUUGCUGCUGGAUGCCCUUUUUCAUCCUGAACUGUAUGGUGCCAUUUUGUAAGCACAGUCUGGUCAGUAGAGACACCCAUCUCCCCUGCAUCAGUCCAACGACAUUCAAUGUAUUUGUCUGGUUUGGAUGGGCAAAUUCUUCUCUUAACCCAAUCAUAUACGCCUUCAAUGCCGACUUUCGCAGAGCUUUUGCUAUCCUAUUGGGGUGCCAAAGACUCUGUCCAGGAAGCAAUAGCAUGGAGACACCUAGUCUGUACAAAAACUGAAAAGCAUCAUUCUCCUCUGUGUUAGAUCAGAGGGAACCCUCAAUGUGUGGACAGAUUGGCUAUGUGAGCCUGUGUCACACCAAUCCUUUGCCAAGGAAGGCUGUUGGAAAUCAUGAGGAAAUAGAUAUGGAAUUAAAGACUCUGGGAAGAAAGCCCUCCUGCUGUGCUGGAGAGCAAGGACAGCAUCUCUGACGUUCCUAAAGCAAAGCCAAUCUC